AUGUUUCAAGCCGUAGUUCAGUUCCGGGAUCCCCAUCAGUCUCAACAAAUGCAGCAACAGCAACAGUUGCAACAACAACAACAGAUGCAACAACAACAGCAGUUCCAGCAACCUAAUCAGAAACCUCCCUUGCAUCCUCAGCAUUUGCCCCAUCCCCCUACCUCUGUUCUCUCGAGUUCUUCCUCUUCUUCCACGGAUUCCUCAGGGGGCGGGCAACCCUCUGGGGCUGCUACGACGCCCCCUAAUCGUCGCUCCCGCAGACGCAAAUCUCUCCUCUAUCAAGUAUUAAUGUCCCCCUUGAGAAGAAAGUCAGGCUCUACAAAUACUUUGAAUACUGUCGCCAGCAAUAGUGUGGGAGGUGGAAGCAAUCAACCAGGAAAUGCUAGCCACCUCCCAAAUCAACGAAGUAACUCUCUAUAUCAACCGCCAUCGAGUGUUUACGAUGAAGACCCUGGGAUCAUGUCUGAGGUCGAGACUUCGGCCACGGGCUUUAGGAGAGCGAGCAAAGCGAGGUCGAGCCUGCCAAUUGUCCGCACGCCAUCAAAGACGCAAGAGCGGCCUUUGGGUCUCGUGUUUCUGCAGUACCAGAGCGAGACCAAGAGGGCGCUAUUACCGAAUGAAAUCACGUCGAUGGACACUGUGAGGGCUCUCUUCGUACGUUCAUUUCCCAAGCAAUUGACCAUGGAGUAUCUCGACUCUCCACACAUCCGAGUCUACAUCCACGACCCUGCCAAAGAUAUGUUCUACGAGCUCGAAGAUCUCAGAGACAUUCGUGAUCGAUCUGUCUUGAGAAUCUACGAACAAGACGUCAAUGGUGGCGGUGUUUAUAGCACUUACGAUCAAGAUCUCAGUUAUUUCUCUGAACCCGAAUUCGAUUCCGAGUAUCAGCAUCAGCACAUUCACAGAAGCAAGGCUUCCAAAGCUCCUCUGCCGCCUGCCAUAGGGUAUUACGGGACUCUGCCGACGCAGUAUCUACCUGCUAAUCGAACACAGACGCUGCCACACAGUGCUUCGAUGAGAACCUAUUCUCCUAGCCAUGCAGCCGACAGAGGGAAAUCACAGACCUUACCCCCAGGAGGAGGUGGAACACAGCCUCCCCCAAAGCCUCAGCGCUCUUUCCAACAGACGCUGACACCGUUGGGCAAGACUGUUCGUUCAACUCCUCCACCCACUGGGCCUCCUCCUUCGAUUCCUUCACCCAGAUCUGGUCAACCGCGACCUCUGGUUCCCGUUGGUUCUACGAUACCAAUGUCACCAGAGAGGAGGCACGAACCCCUCGGUUCGUAUCGCACUCCCCCGGACCGUCCAUACUCUGUGGCUGGGCAAGCAACAUAUCACAUCUCGCCAGAACGACGAUACGACCCACCUUACCAUUCCUCUCCAGAACGACGCUCACAACAGGAGUCGGGCUACCUGUCAUCACCUGAAAGGCGCGUGGACCACCAGCGAUCAUUCUCUGGCUACUCCACAAGCUCUUCAUAUGAGGAAUCUUUGUACGGUGGAAGCAUUUAUGGGACGCGAUCGGGUAGUGUUACUCCUGUCAUCGAUGAAGAGGCUAGGUUAAGGAUGGAGUAUAUGGAGAGGCAAUUAGCUAGUUUGACUGGACUUGUGCAAAAAGCACUCACAACUGGACCACCAAAUAAAGUACCAACCCCACAGCAGCAGGCACUUCAGCAAAUACCAACUCGAGAUUGUGAUCCAGGCAAGAACAAUACUAAAGUUCAUCUUACUCCUGAAAUGUAUGUUCAAUUAAGACAUUUAAGGAAGCAGACCAAAGAUCUUCGCCUUGAGGUACGCAAUCUUCGACGAAUUGCACAAGCACAGUCAGUUACAGCAAGAGACACAGUGAGGGAAACCUGUAUCAAAAUUAAGUCUAUGUUAGCAUCAGCUCAAGCAGGAGAAGACCAAGUAUGUGCCGAGAGAUUAAGAGUUUCUCGGGAAGAAGAUCUAUAUAGACAAGAUGUAACAACAUUAGAAAAAGAUCUAACAGAAUUAGAAACUCAAGUAGAAGAAUUAAGAAGCAACGUAAUCAAUCGCAAGUGCCGAGUAAAUAUGAGUGAUGUUGAAGGCAUGGCCUUGGUACUAAGUAGAGCUAGCAAAACAGUGGCAGAUUUAAAAGCCCGAUUUCCUAAUUUACAAGAUAGUCUUAAAUCAGUAAUGGCAGCAGAAAUGGAAGUUGUGGUAAGAGAAGAAAAGUUUUUGAAAGAGGAGCCUGAUAGAUUAGAAACAGCACUUCGCAGAUGUAAAAAAUUAACAGGAACACUAGUAACAUUAAAGCGCUUGGCAUCUGUACAGGAGCAGCGCAACACUGGUGCUCACCCUCCCCCCGAGAAGUCAUCAUCCUCUGAAGGGAACCAUUCAGAUGGGGAAGUCCAAAACAUAAAGACAUUUGCUUCCGAUCCCCACACUGUGAUACAUGUUCCACCUGGCGGCCAUCAGAGGGCAUCUGAAAAUGCUUUGGAUGCAUUGCUUGAUGAAUUACAGACUUUUACUAAACCACUCGAGCAACCUCGGGACAAUAUUCCAGGGCUCUUAGGCCCUCAAAGACGUUUACCGUCGUAUCCAAGUGCUGAAUCUCCUGUGCGCAGCCCAGCUAGAUCUUUUGCUCCAUCUAUUCCAGGCCAACCAGAAGUCACAUCUUCAGGAAACAGUGCUUUCAGAGCUCCAGCCACAAUAACGAGUAAAUUACAAGUAAAUGAAUCUGGGCAACAGCGUACUGUAAUGUCCCCAUCGCAUUCACCAGUUCCUGAUUCCAAAAAACCUCAAGACAUGAUAAUUAGGGUUGCUGUUAAUCCUGGUGGGAACACCAAACAAACGCUAAUUGAUGGGGUUGAAGGAACAAUAACUACAAACCCUGUUGCUCAUAAAAAAGCACCACCUCCGCCGCCUCCAAGAACAACAAGUCGAUCUCCUAUGACUUCGCCAACUACCGAUAAUCAAGACAGUGUGCCUGGAAGUCCAAGAGAUGUGGUGUUUAGUCAACUGAGAAGUAAUUCGGCACCUGCUGGAGAAACGGACAAUAGCAUAAAACGAAUGGCGGCACCCAGAUCCGUUUCAAAGGAUGAAGGUACAGCUCAAAAAGAAAAGGAAGACGAAGAACUUCUGAGAACCAGUGCUAUUUCUGAUGAAGCUCUUCGCAGAGAUCAGUUAUCUAGCAAUAGUAGCAGUAGUGAGAGUGUGAACUCCCAAGAAGGUCUUCAAGUAUCUCAGACUGGCAGUGGUUUGUCUCCAGUUGGAAAGCUUGAAAGAAAAUCUUCUAGUGGUAGUUCUCAUGGUACUCCACCAGAGGGUGGGACUCCUAAUAAAGAUUCCAAAAAGCUAGGCCCUCCAACUCCGCCUCGUUCUAGAACAGAAGUGCUAGAGCAGAGACAUCAAGAACUACUACGCAAACAAAAACAUCUUCAAGAUCAAUACUCACGCUUGCAACAACUGCAGAGAAGCCAGCUGCUACAACGUUUCUCUCCUCCUCGUUCUGCAGCAUCUACGCCAAUACUGAAUGAUCUCAAAAAAACAGGUAGUGAGAGUAAUAUACUAUCAAAAUCCUCUUUUUCAUUAACGCCCUCAUCUGGCUCUCUAACGCAUCUGGCUGGCACUGCAGUUACAUUUACAACUAAGCAAGAAACUAAACCUUCAACUGUCAUUACUACUACUUCAGCUACUUCAAAAGCACCAGCUGUGCCUGCCAAACCAUCCACAACACAGCUGCUUAAGAAUAAAAUAUAUGAAACUGAUAUCUUGUGAGAACUUUAAUAGAUUUAUGAAAAUAUUUCUCCCUUUUCUAUGAAAGAAUUUGUGACGAAUAUAAAUAUGGUUGAUAUUAAGCUGUUAUAUGAAAAGAAAUUUAGGCGGAUGAAACUUGUUUGAAUCGUUGGGAGGUUUGUAUAUUAAUUGCACUAAACUAAAUGUUGUUGUCUUUUGCUCUGUUUUAGCAGCAUAUCUCAUUAUUCGCUUAUGGCUCUGCGUAUUGAGCAUGUUUAUAUAUCUCAGUUAUUUGUCAAAGUUAUCUGCUGGUGCUGCUUCAGUCAAAAACAUAGUUAUGCUUUUGAAAUCCCUAGGCUCCAUGUUCAGUAGAAUCUAGAGCAUGAUUAUAGUGUAUAUCAGAUGUGGUUAAAAAUAUUUAUCAUGUUAAUAUAUUUGAUGAAAAAAGUUGUUUUGGAAUGCUAGGGACCCAUAUAUAAGCAUCUGUAUAAAGUAAUGUUUCAUAAGGUUUGUUCUCCAAAGAUGUUUAAUGAAUGAAAUUUUUUUAUUGAGUAUUUGUAAAUUGUUGAAAAAGGAAAUGGUCAAACUGAGUGGCCUACUUUUUUUUUCUUUUGCUACUGUGGUGCCGUGUAUAAAAUAGUCAUGUUUUCACUGCUACAGUGAAUUGAAUGAAUCUAGUGAUGACUUUAUUAUUAGUUUUGUGUUCUUGUUCAUUCCAUGAGUAUGAUUGCUAUCAUUGGUGUGUUUUUACAUUUUUAGUGCAACCAAAUAUUGUCGAAUACAUAGUAGAUUUUACUGAUAACUGUACAAUUUCAGGAAAAUGUAUUGUGUACGUAUUUAGUCAAGAAGAAACUACAGUGUUAUAUUUCUGUGCUGGUGAAACAUUUGAGUAACAAAAGCAGUUCAAAAAAAUCAUUCAAACAAUAUAUCCAUUAUUUUAUAAGAAAGUUAUUUUGAUGUACUUAGAAUAAUAACAAACUAAGUUUAUUUUAUUUAGAAUUUUGUAGUUCUAUUAGCUGCAUUUAGAAGUUUAAUUUCAUUUCAUUUAUUAUGAGUCAUCGAUUCUGACAUGAAAGAUGCGCUGUGUAAUAUUCAAAAAUGAUAAAAGAUUGUUUUAAAAAAAGGUUGGGAUACAGAGCGUUUUGUACAUUGAGAGCAAAUAAUACAAAAUCCUUAUUACUUCCUUAAAAAAUGUUGUUUGAAUUUUCAUUUAAAAAUCUCUUUGAAACACAGCUGCUACCAAAAAGAUUAGGGUUAAUUGCUUUCUGAACCUUUAUUAUAAGCACAAUUGUUACUCUUACAAGUGCAAAAACAAAAGUUUUAUGCUAAGAAGGAAAAUAAAUGUGGCAGUUGAUUAUUAUUAAGACUUUUUUUCCUCUUUAUUAUAUAACCUUGAAUCUCCAUUAAAAAUAGAAAGAAGCUAUUUUGUUAAUUAAAUUCUAGGAAUCUUAAAAUUAUAUUAUUUCACAAAAUAAAUAAAUUAAACAGAUAAUUUGAAAAGAGGUGAUCAUACUAAUGAUACCAAACAAUUCAUAUUUAAAAACCAUCUCAAUAUAUAAUUAAAACUGCAGUUUACCUUUAUAACAAAUGUAGUUCUUAUUCGUUUUAAAUUAUUAAAAUUUGAAACAGUUUUUUGACAUAACAUUAAAGCAAACUUGACCUUCAAAAAUUAGUAUUAAAUUCUCUUGACUUAAUUUAUAUUUUUUCACUAUUGUAUUUUUUGCAUUUUAUACUUUUUCUUUUUUCCGGUAAAAAAGAACAGAACAUAAUCAUAGUUUGUCGCAAUUCUCCCUGAACAUAUUAUUUAUUGAUCAUGAAAAAUUCUGUGAGCUAUUUCUUGUCAUCUUAGGUAAAAUAUAAUUUAAUAAUGUAAGGCUAGAAAGUGCUUUGUGAAUCAAACAUAUUGGCAUUUUGGACAUAAAUCAAAAUUGUACUUUUUAACUGUAUUGAUAUUAACUUUGAACUUUAUCUAAGCAUAUAUAUAUAAUAAUGAGAAAAGAACCAGUUUUUUAAUUAUACAUUAAUAUGAUAAACCUAAAGUACAUUAACUUUUCGUGGCAAUCGAAAUAAAGGAGAAAAAGCGAUGCAUUGCGCAAGCAAGAUAACCGUUGGCGGCAACAGAUAAUGCGAAAUGUUUUUUUUCCCCCGCUGGUUCUUUUCUCAAUAAUUGUAUAAUCUUGGUUAUUAAUAACUUUCAAAAAAAAUGCCAUAAUGUCGAGGAUUUGGAAUUAUACUUUUUAAUUCAAGUUUCUUGUUACAGAAUAAAAUAUUUAUUGUAGUUUUUUUUAUAUAUAUAAAUUGUGCAAAUACGUUUUUUAUUUUUAAGUGCAUGAAAUUAAUUUAAGCAAAGAAUUUUUUAUUUUAUCAUUAAGGUUUAUGAAUUCCAAAGCUGUUGCAAAGUUUUACUUUAGGUUCAAGUAUAUUUAAAGAAACUCUAAAAAUGUUACAAAAUCUUGAACUUUGCUUUUUGUUGAUAUCAUGCACGUUAAAAAGGCGCUCUAUUUCAUUGUUAUAUUUUAUUUAUACUACAUCAACUUUUUAUACAAUUCAUAAUUUAACUAGUUGACAUAACUGUAAAAUUUUGCAUUUUGAAAUUUUAAAUAUUUUAUAUGAAAAUUUAUAUGUGUAUAUAUAUAUAUUUGUAAGUGCAUUACUUUAGAUUUAUGUAACACUGCAAAGUUUAAGCUAUGUUUCGAAAUUCAGUGAUAGCCAAAAAGAUAGAACUGCGCAGAGCAAGAUCGCUAAAUUUCAACUCUUUCGAUUGCUACGAACAAUGUAUGUACUUUAGGUAAAAAAUGGAGUUUUGCUUGCAGUGUUACCAUGUCAAAGUAAUGCCCGUGGUUUUUAAUGCAUUCUUUACAUUUCAAAUUGAGCACAUGUAAAUGGUGCCAAAGAAAACAUUAAGAACGAUCACAUUUAGCCAAAUUUAAAAGUCAUUUAGCUUUUUCUCUUCAGCUAGUACACAUAUUUAAAAUGUGGUUGCCUUAACUGUGCUGUAAGAUUGAGAGCACAGCGAGAGUUAUUCAUUUCAAUCAUGAACAGUGAUGGAUAAUGUAUUUUACUUGAUGUUAGAAUGUUUUUGAAAGUGAAGUUUUAAACAUCUUUAGUUACAGUUUUGUAAUUGCCUGAUAAUUACAGGAAUAAAGUACAUUGCACUGUUAUGUAUCGUGCAUAUGCCUUUCUUAUGUGUAUGUUUAAUUCUUAUUUUUGAUUGUUUGUAUUAUAUUUAAUCAAAUAAACGACUACAA